GGCGGCGAAGACCUUGGAGCCGCUGACGGAGCCGCUCAGUUCACACGCGGCCGCCUCCACCCGAGUUUAGGAGCCGUUGCUGUGGACUGAGACGGGGACGUGAGCGCCAAUUCAGGGCGGCCAGGGUGCCUGUGAGCCCCCCACAUCUGCUCAGUGUGCGUGCUGAGCUUCGAGGGGCUGCGCUUUGAUGGAGGACCACAUGACGGGGCACAACAAGGGGAAGCGUUAUGAGUGUGACGUGUGUGGCAAGGCCUGGCAGAAGCCGUCCCUGCUGGAGAUCCACCGGCGGGUGCACACGGGUGAACGACCCUUCGACUGCUCGGAAUGCGGCAAGAGCUUCACCAGCUCCAGUACCCUGCAGGGGCACAACCGCGUGCACUCCAGCAAAUAUCCCUUCACCUGUUCUGACUGUGGCAAGAGCUUCAAGACGGCGAAUCAACUGAAGAAGCACUGGCAGGUGCACACGGGCGAGAAGCCCUAUGGCUGCUCCACCUGCAGCAAGAGCUUUGCCCAGUCGUCGGCGUUGUGGAGGCACCGGCGGGUGCACAGCAGUGAGCAGCCCUUCACCUGCUCCAACUGCGGCAAAGGCUUCAAGUCGUCCAAACAACUGAAGGUGCACAUGUGCCUGCACACUGGGGAGCGGCCCUACACCUGUGCCCAAUGUGGCAAGGGCUUCACCCAGUCCCACAACCUGCUGUUGCACCAGCGCACCCACACUGGCGAGCGCCCCUUCACGUGCGCCCAGUGUGGCAAGGGCUUCACCAGCUCCACUAGGCUGCAUUUCCACCAGCGGACCCACACCGGGGAGCGCCCCUACACCUGUGCCCAGUGCGGCAAGGGCUUCACCCAUUCCGGAAACCUGCUGGUACACCAGCGCACCCACACCGGCGAGCGUCCCUACACCUGCAUCCAGUGCGGCAAGGGCUUCACCAGCCCCACCAGGCUGCUGUCCCACCAGCGCACCCACACCGGCGAGCGCCCCUACACCUGCGCCCAGUGCGGCAAGGGCUUCACCCAGUCCGGCAUCCUGCUAGAGCACCAGCGCACCCACACCGGUGAGCGCCCCUACACCUGCGCCCAGUGCGGCAAGGGCUUCACCCGCUCCAGUAACCUGCUGGUGCACCAGCGCACCCACUCCGGCGAGCGCCCCUACACCUGCGCGCUGUUCGGCAAGGGCUUCACCAGCUCCUCCAAGCUGCUGUCCCACCAGCGGGUGCACUCAGGCGAGCGUCCCUUCACCUGCGCCCAGUGCGGCAAGCGCUUCACCAGUUCCGGCAACCUGCUGUCCCACCAGCGCACCCACACCGGCGAGCGUCCCUUCACCUGUGCCCAGUGCGGCAAGGGCUUCACCCAGUCCAGUCACCUGCUGGAGCACCAGCGCACCCACACCGGCGAGCGCCCCUUCACCUGCGCCCAGUGCGGCAAGGGCUUCACCAGGACUGACGAGCUGGAGAUCCACCGGCGGGUGCACACAGGAGAACGCCCCUUCGACUGCUCGGACUGCGGCAAGAGCUUCAAGACAGCGAUGGUCCUGGAGACCCACCGGCGGGUGCACACGGGCGAGAAGCCCUACACCUGCACCGACUGCGGCAAAAGCUUCACCAAGUCCAGCAACCUGCUGAGACACCAGCGCACCCACACCGGCGAGCGCCCCUACACCUGCGCCCAAAGCGGCAAGGGCUUCAACCAGUCCAUUCACCUGCUGCAGCACCAGCGCACCCACACCGGUGAGCGCCCCUACACCUGCGCCCAGUGCGGCAAGGGCUUCUCCCAGUCCAGCACCCUGCAGACGCACCAGCGCACCCACACCGGCGAGCGCCCCUACACCUGUGCCCAGUGCGGCAAGGGCUUCACCCAAUCCAGCCAACUGCUGGUUCACCAGCGCAGCACCCACAACGGCAAGCGCCCCUACACCUGCACCCAAUGCGGCAAGGGCUUCUCCCAGUCCAGCACCCUGCAGACGCACCAGCGCACCCACACCGGCGAGCGCCCCUACACCUGUGCCCAGUGCGGCAAGGGCUUCACCCGCUCUGACUGCCUGCUGGUUCACCAGCGCACCCAUACCCGCUUGCGCCCCUACACCUGUGCCCAGUGCGGCAAGGGCUUCACCCGCUCCACCCAGCUGCUGUCCCACCAGCGGGUGCACGCCGGCGAGAGCCCCUACACCUGUGCCCAUUGCGGCAAGGGCUUCACCCACUCCAGCAGCCUGCUGAAGCACCAGCGCACCCACACCGGCGAGCGCCCCUACACCUGUGCCCAGUGCGGCAAGGGCUUCACCUGCUCCUCCAACCUGCUGAUGCACCAGCGCACCCACACCGGCGAGCGCCCCUACACCUGUGCACAGUGCGGCAAGGGCUUCUCCCACUCCGGCAGCCUGCUGAAGCACCAGCGCACCCACACCGGCGAGCGCCCCUACAUCUGUGCCCAGUGCGGCAAGGGCUUCACCUGCUCCUCCAACCUGCUGAUGCACAAGCGCACCCACACCGGCGAGCGCCCCUACACCUGUGCCCAGAGCGGCAAGGGCUUCACCCACUCCAGCAGCCUGCAGCAGCACCAGCGCACCCACACCGGCGAGCGCCCCUACACGUGCACCCAGUGCGGCAAGGGCUUCACGAACUCCACCCGGCUGCUGUCCCACCAGCGGGUGCACGCCGGCGACCGUCCCGUCCCCAGCCCGGUGUGUGGAGAGCGCUUUGCCAUGGCCUCCCACGCCCUGUCUCACCAGCACGUGCACACCAGUGGCCCGCCCUACGACUGCCCGUACUGUGGUGAGUCGUUUGACAGCUCACGGGGGCUGCGGGAGCACCAGCGGAUAUACACCAGAGAGAGACCCUUUGUGUGCGCUGAGUGUGGCAAGGGUUUCACCCGCAUGUCCAGCCUGUGGCAGCACCGGCGUACCCACAACGGUGAGCGUCCCUUCCCCUGCCCGUCCUGUGGUAAGGGCUUCACCCGCCUUAACCACCAGCUGGAGCACCGGCGAGUCCACACCGGCCAGCGCCCCUUCACCUGCCCGCUCUGUGGCAAGGCCUUUGCCCGCUCCUUCAGCCUGCUGGCACCCCGCCAUGUGGAUAGAUAGGCACUGUUUAGGUAAACACAAAAUGCUGGAAGGAAUGGGUAACGUUUCUGGUCGAGACCCUCCUGUGUCUUGACCCGAAAUGUCACCCAGUCCUUCUCUCCUGAGAUGCUGCCUGUCCCGCUGAGUUCCUCCAGCGUUUUGUGUCCUUUUUUGUAAACCAGCAUCUGCAGUUCCUUGUUUUUAAACCAUUCUG